ACGUCCUCAUCCCACGACAAAAGCUAUAUCAUCCUUAAUUAUUGAACCCGUUUUCCCCCAUCCCACCUCGGUCGUGUGUUUUCCUUUUUCCUUCGCUACAUCUUCUCGAAGCACGAAGAUGACCGUGCAAAAAAGACCACCCGACCAACCAGCUCGCUCAGCCCCAGUUCAAAUCUUACAUGCAUUCCACUCCUCUCUUCCACACUCGAAUACGCCCCGCCUAGCCCUCCCCUUUCCUGCAAGCCCUAUAAGCCACUGUGGGAUCCAGCGGGAAAAUCCUACAUCAUCUGAGAAUCCUGAACGUUCUUCUCCCAUUAGUUUCCUUGAGCCGGCCAAACUCACAGACCGUGACUGGAUUGUGCGGACCAUCAAAUGAGCCGCUAUCAAGCCCAUCGGACGCCACUACAA